GACACCUUUGAAAUUGUAAAAGGACAAUGGCCUCAAAGAAACUUUUAUGCUUUCUUCUCGUCCAUAUCUUUGCCUUGGGAAGUGCUACCUACUGUAGCGAUUGUUCCCUCAGUGAGUCCUGUUGUUCAGAUAAAGUCUGUAGACAGAGAUGUUUCCACUGUUCGGACGACUACCAGUGUGGAACGAAAGAACAAUGCUGUGAUAACAAAUGCAUCAGUAGUUUCUCAAGUUGUUCCUGUUCGCACGACUUCCAAUGUGACACUGGCGAGCAAUGCUGUAAUAGCAAAUGCAUCAGUAGUUCGUUUUCUUGUUCCUGCACGUAUGACUACCAUUGUCACAUUGGAGAGGUUUGUUGUGGGGGAGUUUGUUCCUCACACUGUGGUUGGAGCGGUGGAGCUAUUGCAGGCGCCAUUAUCGGCACGAUUAUCUUCUUCGCCAUCAUCAUUUCCAUCGUAUCCUGCUUCUGCUGCGCUUGUUGCCCGUACUACCGCUAUCGUACACCCGAUAAUGUGGUCGUCACCGACCAACAACCACGACAAGAAAUAGUCGCAACUCACACCCACGAGACGGCGCUACGAGUAGAUCUUCCUCCGUUUAUGUACUCCGAACAGCCUCCUCCAGCUGGUUACAACCCGCCUCCUCAAGGCUUUAAUGAGCCUCCUCCGCCUUACUCGAGCUAUCCACCGCCACCAAACCAAUAUCCUCCACCGCCGGGACAAGCUCAAGCGGCGCCGAUACCGGCUGCAAUAAACUCUGGACAACCGAACAAGUUCUACGAAAAGUAACCACCCAACAGAACUGUUUCGGUGAAAUAAAUAUCUUUCGGUUUAAUUUCCACUUACAUAAACGUAAACGUAGUCAAGUUACUGAAUGUUAUGUUAGAAUUUUUUUUUUAAGGGAUAGUUUCAACAUUUUAAGGAGUACAUAAGUAUAGGAUGACCUCUACGCUGUACGUAUGCAAAUUUAAUCUUCCAUUUUGCUUUCGUCACACAAAGAAAAACAAAAAGUAGACAUAGUUUCCUUGUGGAGAGGAUUUUUGUCAGAGAAAGUGCUACCUACUGUAACGACGACAGCGAUUGUUCCCUUAGUGAGUCCUGUUGUUCACAUAAAGUCUGUAGACAGACAUGUUACAACUGUUCGUACGACUACCAAUG